CUUUCGCUCUCACACCACAGCUUGUUCUUUGUCACAAUGCCUCUUGAAACCGGUCUUCAAGGCGCCCAUGUCCUCAUUACGGGAGGUACCCGAGGCAUGGGCCAAGCCAUGGUGCGUCAAUUCCUCCAAGAAGGCGCGAAUGUCUCCUACUGCGCCCGCACCGUCACCAACACCGAGUUCAACGACGUCCACCAAACCCUCCCGGAGAGCAACUCUGCCCGCGCAGUGGGAACCGCCUUCGAUGUUGCCUCCAAGGAAGCAAUCGUCAACUGGGUGAACAGCUCCGCCGAACGGGUGGGACGUAUCGAUGUCGUUAUUGCCAACGCAUCACCCAUGCAUAUGGAAGGCGAGACUGAGCACUGGGAAAGCAGCUUCGCGAUCGACGUGAUGGGUUUCGUGGAGCUGGUGAAAGCGGCGGAGCCCUACCUCGAGAAAUCCCCACAGGCCUCCAUCAUCGUGCAGAGCUCGUUCAUGGGCCGGGAGUUCUACCGCAGUCCGCCUGCGGCCUACGGCCCCUGCAAAGCCGCCCAGCUGCAGCAUGUGCAGGAGCUGUCACACUACCUAGGCCCCAAGGGCAUCCGAGUCAACGCCAUCUCGCCGGGGCCCGUGCUCUGCGAGGGUGGGCCCUGGGAGCUGUAUUCGAAGAUCAUGCCGGAGUGGGUGGAGGAGCAGCGGUUGAAAAUUCCCCUGAAGCGACUGGGAGGCCCGCAGGAGAUCGCAAAUGUGGCGGUGUUUUUGGCGAGUCCGUUGGCGAGCUUUGUCACGGGCACUAAUGUAUUGGCUGAUGGUGGGAUUCACGUGGGCACCCAGUUUUAG